AGAAGAAACAGUAGGAAGCGAUUUUUGCCCCUUUGGUUUUAAUGGUACUUGGUUUGCGAAGAUUACCUGUAAAUGUCAUUACAUCUAUUCUGACAAUCCGUCUCCCCUCGCAAACAUUCAAAAUAAUAUCAUCUGUCGGCCCAGAACUGCGUGGAGCUGAUACAGUUGAUGUGAUGUGUAACCCAGGAUCUGAGGGGCAUAGAGAAGACGGCACUGUGGAGUAUGUGUACUGCAGAGGUGUAGUCACUGAACUGCUCAAAUAUGGACCAACAGACCUGCACGCAUCUAGCAAAGGACCAAACCCUCCCAAAUUGCUCAUCCUUGUCAUUCCAGGUAACCCAGGUGUAGUUGGCUUCUAUAAGACGUACAUGUGGACACUGUAUCAGACAUUCCUCAGGCGAUAUCCAGUGUGGGCUGUGAGCCAUGCUGGACACUGUAUGCCUCCUGACACUUUUGAUAUGAUUGAAGAUGCGUCUGUGACUGAGGAGGAGGAUGUUUUUGGGCUAGAUGGACAGAUUGAACACAAGCUGGCAUUUCUUCGAAAGCAUGUGCCUCGAGACACCAACCUGCUGCUGAUUGGCCACUCCAUUGGCUGCUACAUCAUCCUGGAGAUGAUGAAGAGGGACCCGGAGCUCAAGGUUGUGAAGGCUGUGAUGCUCUUCCCCACAAUUGAGCGCAUGGCUUGUAGCCCUCAAGGCAAGGUCAUGACCCCUGUGCUCUGUCGUUUGCGGUACGCCAUCUAUUUGCCCAUUUUCCUGCUCUCCCUCCUGCCUGAGAAACUGAAAACCAGCAUGGUGCAUCUGGCUCUGAGGAAUUUAUACGUUCUGGACAAUUCCAUCAUCCCUGCCACAGUCAGCCUGAUCAAUGUAGACUGUGCUGCAAAUGGGAUGUACAUGGGGAGCCAAGAAAUGCAACUGGUUGUAGAAAGAGACAACUUAACAAUACGUCAACACCUCAGCAAGCAUGGGUGGAAGAACCCCGCCGAAGUGCAUAUACCUUCCAAUGCCUUGGUUUGAUGCAAACCAGAGACCACAUACACAUUCAGAGAGGGUGGAGGACCAGGCUGCUGAUGGCUGAUGGACUAUAUCUGUCGUCAGUUAAAAAGGUGAUGUCUUCACUGCUUUCACCCUGUUACUAUUAAAAAUAACACACUUAAUACCUUUGUCUCAAAUUACACCUAGCACCUCUGCACUCUACUCACUUAGACUACUGCUUGCAGAAGUCGUGCAAAUACCUUGUGAAAAUCCCUCGAGCCUGGAUCCCGAUCAAAUGUUUCCAGCGUGGUCUGAUCAUUGCAUCCCACCCAAAUUCCAUCGAGGAAUUCAAUCCAUGUCUCUGACAUUGUCUGUUUGUCUGCAUGGGUGUCAGGGUAUGUGCCGGUGUUUCGUAUCGGCUUCAUGGGAAAUACAGGACGUAUUGCUUGCCAAUAGCGAUGCUAGAAUAAUUUUCUUCCGAAAAAGCUGAAGGUGAAGACAGGAGGUCAUAUGUUUAAACCCCUCGCAGCCCUAAACCACAUGCAUCUGACUCUUCUAUUAGACUUAUGGGCUGUGGUGAAAUCGAUCAGGCUGACAGAUGUAGAACCCAUCAUGAUUAACUGGUAGAGUCGGCAAAGGCCAAACAAUAUGCAGUUUGUCAGAGAAAUCAUGCAAAGCAGUUGACAAAGAGAAUUUGAUCUUUCUAUUAUGUACAGCUCUAGAGGUCUUACCAAUAAAUAGCCCUCAGAAAUCUGUACGGGUGGUUUUUCCUUUCGCAUUGAUGUUAUUGGCACCGUUCAGCAGAGGUUAUGGCGGCCUAACUAAAGGAAAAACCCUUGAAGUGUCCACAAUGGUGUUCGAUGGGAGAUGGAAGACAUAGAGGUUUUAAUGUCAAUCUUGCUUACAUUUUGCUUCAUUGAAAAAUUAUGGUUUUCCUAUUUGGACCUUCUGUGAAGUUCUCCGUGUGAUAUGCCUUUGUUAAAGCCUCACUCCAUGGCCACGUACAUACUCCAGAUUAAAACGGUUGUCACUCCUCUUUGUAGUGCUUAACCCUGUUCUGUUCACAAAUUUUGGCUAUUUAUGGGAGUGACAACAACAUUCAAUCAGUAUUUUUGCCUUGCUUUCCGGUAAAGAUCUAAAAAUCCUUAAAUCCAGAGAAGCAAAAUUAUGUGAGAUGUUAAGAUUAAGAAUAUGGGCUCAUUGGGGGCCUGGGUAGCUCAGUGAGUAUUGACGCUGACUACCAGCCCUGGAGUCACCAGUUAGAAUCCAGGGCGUGCUGAGUGACUAUAGCCAUGUUUCCUAAGCAACCAAAUUGGGCAGGUUGCUAAGGAGGGUAAAGUCACACGGGUAACCUCCUUGUGAUCGGGAUUAGGGGUUCUCCCUCUCAAUGGGGUGCAUGGUAAAUUUUGCGCAGAUUGCAGAGAGUAGCAUGAGCCUCCACAUGCUUUGAGGUGUCAUGCACAGUGAGCCACAUGAUAAGAAGGCAACUGAGACUUGUCCUCUGCAACCCGGAUUGAGGUGAGUAACUGCACCACCACGAGGAUCUACUAAGUAGUGGGAAUUCCAAAUUAGGAGAAAAGGGGAUAAAAAAGAAAAUGGGCUCUAUUUUCAUGGCCGCGUCAUGCGCAGCGCUAUACACAAUUAGCAUGCGCUAUGUCUUAUCCAAUUUUUGUGAGAGCACAUGACAUAGUGGAUUUCAUCUACUACAUCCUGGACAUCCAUUACGUAGUGGAUUAAAUCCAUGUUUUUAAUGCAAACUUUUUAUUCAGUGUGUACAGUAUGUAGCGUUAUAUGUAAAUAAAAUGUGAGAGAGUGCAAUAAUGACUGUAUGAUUUGGGAUUUAAAUAUUAUUUUAGGAUAACAUGUGUUAUAUACUUAAUAUGACAAGAAUAAAAAUAAGAAAAUGUUUAUUUAUGCAUCCUGCAAUGGUCGAUUACAAUACGGCAAGUAGUUUUGUGGUGUUAAAAUACAAAACAAUGCAUAUAUCCAGUAUUUCAAAUAAAUACCAAAUUUUGAAGCUGCCACAGAGAAAAUAAAAUUUCUUAUAUUAAUUAAUUUAAACAUUAAACUUAUACAGACACACAUGUCUACUGGCAGUAGUUAAAUGACUCACUUUUAGUAGCCUCUAGACUAAUUUAACCUUUCAAACAAAAUUGCAUAUAGACUGUAUGCCACACUGACAUCACUAAAUAAUAUAAAAUUGUAAAGAGAAUAUAAUCUAUGAGAAUAUAAUGUGCACAUGCACAUUAAAAACUUCCAGUACGUCCUUGAAGUCGACCACGUAGUGGAUUAAAUCCACUGGAGUCAUAGGGAUUAUUUUGUGCUCCCUUUAUGUGGAUUUUGCAGUGUCAAAAUGUUGGCACCCAUUCACUUGUUUUGCAAGGACCUACAAAGCUUAACCUUAGCUUGACCCCCCGGUCCACAACUUUGGGGGCGUUCUCAUUUAGAAUCACAUAACCAAUUUGACCAACAAAACCAGUUGAUGUGAUUAAAAGAACAAAGUAAAUCACAGGCAAACUACAACUCCUCUCUCUCUCUCUCUCUCUGUCUCUCUCUCUCAAAAAACAAAACAAAACUAACUCCAAAUAUUAUUCACAGCCAAAGCAUUGCUAUGAUAUUACUUUGUCAACCAUUGAUAUUUUAGGAGUGACAUAUUUAUAGAUUCACUCCUGCAUUUAAAUGCAGUUGUCACUCCCAAAUCUUUGCAUUGUGUAUGUGGCCUAUGAUUUCAUUAGUUAUUUUUCUUUAUAGAUUUGUGCAAGACUGUAUUUAGAAUUGGGGAACAAUAGUUAUUGUUUAAGGAUCUGCCAUUGAAAAACCCACAUUGGUUCAUUUUUAAC